AUUCCCAGCAGAUGAUCCACACACACAUGGAGCAGAAUGAUGGAGAAGCGCUCGAGCUGAUGGACAAACACACUCCCGGGUGAUUGACAGGCCCCUCAUCCAAUAGGCACAAUGAUAGCAACCGGCGGCCUCCUGAGGAUUUCUCGGCGCCAGGACUCGCUGCGAUCCAAGAACCGGGCGGAAAACAAGAAAAAGAGGAAAGUCAAGAAAAAACGCAAGAAUGACGUAGUUGUGGUGAAGGGCAAAGUGAAGCUGUGCUCCGUGUCUGGACUGGUGGCAGCGCUGGGCGUUCUCAUCUUACUGGUGGGCAUCGCCAUGGCCGUGCUGGGAUACUGGCCCAAAGAGAACGCAGAAUAUCCUGAGGGACCGAUUCGGACCGCAAACGUCCAGAGAAUUCACUUUGAGGUGGCUAACUUCACAAGCAAUAACAAAUUCUCAGUGCAGAGCAAGUUGAAUCAAACUGACAGCACUAGAAACUCGACAUCACCGACCACGCAAUCAGUCGGGUUCUUUGCAAGUCUGUUUGCGACUUACUUGUACUCGGACAACCUCAGAGUCUUUGGACCUUUGGUGAUGGGCAUCGGAAUCUUUCUGUUCAUCUGCGCCAACGCAGUUCUGCACGAAGAUCGUGAUAAGAAAACUAAAAUCAUAAAUCUGCGCGACAUUUACUCUACGGUCAUAGACAUCCACAGUUUGCGCACCAAAGACUGCGCACCGUUCAACGGCCUGAUCAGCUACAUGCAGUCGAGUAGCGGCGAUGGUAAAUCCUGGUCAUCAUCCGCGGAAACGACGACACGAGGCUCCUGUCCGUCCACCAUCUCAGGUAAAGGCGGCAACUGUAGACGCCCGUCGUAUGCCAGGAAGUACAGCUUGUGCGCAAAGAGGCAGUCGUUUACGGAUACGUUAUACAGUGUUUACAGAGACAAGUGCGGCGAUGACGAGCCGUCCGCGGUGGCCAGACAAUGGGAGACGCGUUCCAUAGUUACGUCGUCCGUUAAUGCGUUCACGUUACCCGUCAUCAAACUCAAUAACUGCGAAAUGCAGGAGAGAGAGGAGCACAAGCGAGCCAACAUCGAGAAAGAACGUCGCAAGAGUUGCGGGCCGCUUAUCAGCGUCGCUGUGGAAACAAGAGCGGAGGUGUCAAGGACGGGCUUGUCCAUUUCACAGGAUUCCGAGUUGGAUGAGAGACAGAUUUUGGCUACAGUGAGCCAACGCCAGCUGUUGCCGCCUGCUGCUGGGAUCCGGGUCACAGGGUCACACCUGUCUCUGAACGCCCUGCUGGAUGCGGGCGCCAGGUGCCAGGACGAAAGGUCGCGGAGGUUCAGCUGUCCGAGACUGGAUCGCUCAGGCAGUAAGGGAUACAUUAAACUGGCGGAUCUGGGUGGAGAUUCAUUCGAGGCGCCUGACGGAGCGCCUGACGCAGGUGUUGGAAGCCAUGAAUGUAAAUACCGCUGUGUUCAGUUCGAAGAUGUUGACAUAAUCUAUUUAUUUGAAAUGAGAUGUGGACGCCGCAGAUUACAAAGUGUUACGAUUCAUUAUUAAAUUAAAAGUUUAUGCAGAUGUUUUCUUUUACGUAUUGUAGCAAGAUGUCUGCUUCUUUGUUUUGUUUCAGAAAUAUUUAUUUCUUUAGAUUUCACUGUAUUUUUUAUUUUUUAUACUGUGUUGUUUGUGUUUAAUGUUAGUAAUUGUAUGAUGUGAAUUGUAUUUAAACAUGCAUAACAAUCACCACAGUAGUAAUUAGAAUAACUAACAUUAUCAUUCAUGAUGUAGAAAAGCAUUGUGCCUUUUGAGCAGAUGUUACCUGAUGUUUUGUCAAGCAGUAAGUGUAUAUUUAGAUUUCACAUUUUACUGUAAAUAUAUUAGAAUUUUGUAAUAGUUUAUUAUAAAUCACAUCCACUUUUGACAUAAUCACAAAUAAUUUGCAUUAGAUGAAAGAGUAAAGAUAAUCGCAUGUGGGACGACGCUACAAUCAUUGUUCACUUUUAUGUGUUUUUACGUGUAUAGUACACACAAUUAUGCAACGUUACAUACUUUGUUUCAGUAAGAUGUAUUGUAUGCACUAAAUAGCAAUAACUGGUUAGUUGAAGACUCAGGUGUUGUUUUAAUAAACUAAUGGCUGUUAACACGA